UCCGGGCCGCCCCUGCCCUCGCUGCUCCGCGCGGCCGGCGGUUGCCGGGCGUUGGAAACCGACCGCAAAGCUAGCAGAUUUCAAAGUGAAAUUCCGGAGGAAAUUUAAAGAGCAUCCGGAUCCGGAGAGAGACAGAGAAAGAAAGAGGAAGGGAGAAAUAAAUCACAACGUGGAGAGAAUCUAAGGCAGCUGAAGAAAGGACGGGAGAGAAAAGAAGCUGACGCCCAGGCAGAGAUGGGGGAGCAGCCAAUCUUCAGCACCAGAGCCCAUGUUUUCCAAAUUGACCCUGCUACCAAAAGAAACUGGAUCCCCGCCAGCAAACACGCCUUGACUGUCUCCUAUUUUUACGAUGCCACGCGCAACGUGUACCGGAUCAUCAGUGUGGGGGGCACCAAGGCAAUCAUCAACAGCACUAUCACCCCCAACAUGACCUUCACAAAGACAUCCCAGAAAUUUGGACAGUGGGCAGAUAGCCGAGCCAACACAGUAUAUGGACUGGGUUUUGCUUCAGAGCAGCACCUCUCCCAGUUCGCAGAGAAGUUCCAGGAGGUGAAAGAAGCAGCACGUUUGGCAAGGGAGAAGUCCCAGGAUAAAACAGAACUGACCAAUCCUGCCCUGAGUAUCACAUCUCACCAGGUACUUCCCAGCCCCAUCAUCAGCUCAAAUGGACCAGGAGAAGAUAAACUAUUCAGGAGCCAAAGUGCUGAUGUUGAGAUAAGCACAGAGAAGGAGCGUCUGAAGAAGAUGCUUUCAGAAGGCUCCGUGAGUGAGGUCCAGUGGGAAGCUGAAUUCUUUAGCCUUCAGGACAACAACAGCAAACUUGUGGCUGCUCUCCAUGAAGCCAAUGCCAAUGUGGACCAGUGGAAGAAGCAGCUGGCUGCGUAUCAAGAGGAGACGGAAACACUGCGGCAGCGGGUAGCAGAACUGGAGUCACAGGGGGCUCAUGACUCCUCCAGUGAGAACAACAAGGAAGAGCUGAGCCAAACCCUGGAAGAACUGGAGCUGCUGAUCAAGGCUAAAGAUGAGGAGAUUCAGAUGCUGAAAAGCCAAAAAUGCGGCCGAUGGGAAGCAGAGGGCGAGCGUGAGGAGACACUACAGAAGCUCCAGGAGCUGGAGGCACGCAAUGCAGAGCUGGAGCGCCGCCUUCACCUGGCUGAGCAGACCCUGGCAGAGACCCUGUCUGAGAGGGAGAAGAUCCAGAAUGAGGUCACCAAGGUGGCAGAGAUAAUGGACGUGAAGAUUUUUGAGCUCAGUGAGAUCCGGCAAGGACUAGCUAAGCUGGUGGAGAGCAACUGAGCAGCAGCAAGCUCAGAGGAGACACCUCCGGAGGAGGGGAGCCUGACCUGGGACUGGUUGCUGACAGCAAAUUUGAUCACAGAACAGCCUUGAGGUCUGUUUGGGCAGGAUAUGCCAACAUACCAGCAGCUGCCUGGACAGUGUGGUGACCAGCUGCAGCCACGUACUGCCCACUGAACAACGAGCUGGAGAGCAGAGAGGCCCUGAGCUCCUGUAUCCUCCACAGGAAGCAUCUACAAGUCACAGCUGGGCCUCUCUGGACCCUGUCGUGGCUGUGGCACAGUCCAGAGACAGCAGCUGUCCCUCUGCUGCCUUCCCAGCCUCCCUGCUGCCACAGUGUCUCCAUUUUUACAGUUUUCUAGGAGAAGGGGCUGAGCAGCCUUUGCAUUUUUUUCAGUAGUUUUUUAGGGAACCACUUGCCUUUUGCGAAAUAAGCUGCUUAUUUCCCAACUUAGGGAGGGAAAAGAAGUAUCAGCACUUUGAGGACAUCACUGGCUCCUUUUCCAGCCUAACUACAUUGUGUCUUUCUAACAGGAUGCAACAACACUGGUUGCUGUCAGGAGCUUUCAGAGGUAGCAGAGUCCCCAGUGCAGAGCAGGGUGCUUGUCUGUCCAAGUGCUGUUCAGUUCCCGCCUCCAGAGGAAAAAGAACUGCAGAAAAAGCUCUUAUUAGUUUAACGCAGUGGGAUUUAAUGAAUUCUUAAAACUUCUUUAAGCUGAGAGCAGAGGCCUGGUUGGGAAAGGAGCAUCUGAGAAAUGGGACGUGCCCGAGGGGAUGGCCAACCAACUGCUAGAUUGGCAUCUCUCCUGGCCUCUGAGGGCUGUAGUUAAUUGAAAUUAAAUGGAGCAAAUCAGAAUUGCUCUUGUUUGGUUUUUUUUUUUUUCCUCUCUCUUUUAUAGGGAAACAGUCCACAGAGAUGUCCUGCUCUGUGUCAGAUGAGCAGUGUUCCUUUUGAAGGGUACAGGUCCCAGCUUGCCAUGCUUAUCCAGAUUCAAUGAGAACAGGAGGCAUUUGGAGCGUGCUGGGACCAGUGCCCUGCAGGGCCUGUGGGAAGUCUGUGGGUUACUGUAGAUGUUGUCUAGAUGUAAGAAUCAAGCAAGGCCUGAGGGAGACACUGCAGAAACCUGGAAAGUCAUGUCUCCCUCCUGGUGUCCUGUGAGUCCCCGUAGUUACUUAGGAGCAUGCAUAGCCCUAUGCUGAAUGACAAAGCAGUGUCUGUGUAGAAGUAGAUAGUAACCUUACAGGAGUGCUGAUUUGGACUUUGUGGUUGUUUUUUGCCCUCUUUGCUGCUAUAGAUUAGGCAAAGACAGCAGUAAUCCUGGGAAUGUUUCCCAGGUCUGCAGAAACUGUAAUUACUUAGCAAGCACCGGCUGCCAUGUAAUGCCUUCUCUGCAUCCAGACAAUCCUGGGCAGACCAGCAUCAAGGCAGUGCAGUUCCUCAGGGCCUCCCUCUCCUUUCACUCACCUGGUGACCAAGAGAGGAACCCACAUCUUCUGCACGCUGCCUGCAAGUUGGGGCAGGACUAGGUCUGACACCUCGAGAAUCUGCUGGAGUGGAGAAUUGCUGGUGACUCUGUGCUGGAUUGUGUCUAGGCAGAGCCCAUCCCUUACACAGGGGUGAUGAGGAAACACUGAAAUCUCCAGACCUGUGUAGCCAGGGAGGGGCAUUUCUGUUUGGAGGCUUUCAGGUUAGUUUUCUUGUUGUUGUUGGUUGUUUUUGUUUUUUUUUUCUCUCUUUUUUUUUUUUUUUUAUUAUUAUUCUGUUGUUUUUGUUGCUAUUAGUUUCUAUUUUAUUUUGUUUUGCAUGAAGUGUUCUCACAGCUGUGUAGGGGUGGAGCUAUUGUAAUAGUAUUUGUUUCAGGGUGUUUAAGAAGGGAAGAAAGUAAGCAGGCUGGCAAAGCUUUCUGGGGACUUGUGUACACAACCCAUGCCAGUGUUCACAUUUUAUUCCAGCAGGAGCAGCCUUCUUUGAAAUAGAGAUCAGCUCCAAGAAAGGUGUGUUUCGUCUGCAUCUGUUACUGUAAUGCGGGGUGAUGGAGGUGGGGCUUGGAGUAUGAAAGAAAAAGUAAGCAAAAGUUUACAUUCUGGUUGUCUCUGCUCUCUCACACUUCUUUUCCAUGCUGUGACUCACAAGGUAGAGCUGAAUACAGAUUCUUGCAUUUGGCUGGUGACCAUUUCAUA